AAGGAAAAUAGCGGCCUCUUUCAUAUAGACCAGCCCAUUGGACGACGAGGAGUAGACCAACGCAAGCUUAGCCCACGAGAAUUGAAGUGGGCGGCGGUUCGGCAAAGGGCAAGGGACGGCGACCGCCCACCGGAGGCGGAGACAGAUCGAGAUCGGCGGGGGAUGGCGGCGCGGGAACGGGACGGUGAAGGGAGGCGGGCGCACUUGACGAUGGUUGGCGUGCAGCUCGUCUACGCCGGGUACCACGUCAUCGCUAAGCAGGCGCUCAAUGUUGGGGUCAACCGCGUCGUCUUCUGCGUCUUCCGGGACCUCCUCGCCCUCUCCGUCCUCGCGCCGCUCGCCUUCUUCCAGCACCGCAUCUCGUCCGUGCAGGCGCGUCCGCCGCCUCUCACCCGGCGCCUCGUCGGCUCAUUCUUCCUUCUCGGGCUCACUGGCGUCUUUGGGAACCAGCUGCUGUUCUUGCUUGGCCUCAGCUACACUAACCCCACCUACGCGGCCGCCAUUCAGCCGUCUAUUCCUGCCUUCACCUUCAUCCUAGCCCUUAUCAUGGGGACCGAAACGGUGAGCUUGAUCUCAAACGAGGGCAGAGCCAAGAUAGGUGGCACAGUCGUUUGUGUGCUGGGAGCCGUUCUCAUGGUGCUCUAUAGAGGCCCAGCUGUGUUUGGUAGCAGCGAGCUUGAGCUUGAUGUUUAUAGUCAUGGUGUUAUAGCUGACAUGACACAGCCUGAGCCUGCCGGACCUCUAAUAUCUUUGUUCAUGGCCUUUGGGCUGGAAAACUGGCACAUUGGAGUGCUGUGCUUGAUAGGGAACUGUCUAUGUAUGGCUACUUAUCUUGCUUUACAGGCUCCAAUUUUGGUGAAAUAUCCUUCAAGUCUGUCACUGACUGCAUACUCAUACUUCUUUGGAGUGGUUUUAAUGGUCAUUUCUGGGGUUUUUGCAACAAACGAUAAACACGAUUGGAGUUUGACUCAAUCCGAGGUUGCUGCUGUUGUAUAUGCUGGUGUCAUGGCAUCUGCUCUUAAUUAUGUCCUAUUGACAUGGUCCAACAAAAUACUGGGACCUGCUAUGGUAGCACUUUAUAGCCCUCUUCAGCCAGUGGUCUCUGCUCUAUUGUCUAUGAUUUUUCUGGGAAGCCCAAUUUACCUUGGAAGUAUUUUUGGAGGACUUCUAAUCAUCUUCGGUUUAUACCUUGUGACCUGGGCACGCCACAGAGAAAAACUGGCAAGUAUUGGAGUACCUUAUGUAACAUGUGUAUCGGAGUCACUCGAUGGUCCUUCUCAUGUUGCAAAGACUGUGCCCUUCAUAUCUCUUUCAAGGCUGUGGGAUGUGCCACAUGAGUCUUGAGAACUUGGAGGUGUUUGAUCUAUACAACCUUUAGGUACCCCUCUUACUAAAACUAUGGAUACAGAAAACACACAUAAAAAAGGGAAAUGCCACAGAAAAUAAUAUUGAUUUAUCUUGUAAAAUUGUAGUCUGCCCUUCUAGGAGCAGUUGGGUUAGUCACUAGAGAGAUUUGACAGGCUAGGUUUAUGUCCGUUGGUUUUGUGAGACUUAACAACUCUGAUGUUGUUGGACGGACCUGACACCAAACGCAAUGUGAGCUCCACUGGGGAACCGAAGAAAAACAGCAUGCAUAUUCUGUUAAUUCCCACGUAUACAGACAUAAAUUUGUAGCUAUACACCGACAUCGAUUCAAAGAGCAGUAACUCUGCAUAUCUGUUAGUGCCUGCGGCUUGUAUAAUAUUGUCCACAUUUUGCACCAUGUUUCUAUUUUUUUUAAUAA